AUGCAUCAAGCAAUAACACAGACGGAUAAAAAGUUGACACCACUAAACCUUUCAGAAAAAUCUUUCGACCCUGAGGCAAAGAUAACCCCAAUGCAGGAUCUGGUUCGCCAAUGGAAAGCCAAACCACUACAUGGUCGGUAUAGGAGCCGCAUAGAAGACAACGCCAUUGACACGAAGGCUUCCCAAGGAUGGUUGCAGUCAGGUAAUCUGUUCCUGGAGACGGAGGGCUUCAUAGCCUCCAUCCAGGAUCAGGAUAAUCUAGUAGCCAGUUGUGGUGAGCAUAGUGAGAGAUCUAUAGCAGAGGAUCCAGCUGUUCUGAUAUCGAAGUGUGUAGGAGAUCCUGAGUUCAAUAGAACUAAGUUCGAUGAAUCAAUGUAUUCCUCUAUAGUUCGUCCCCGGAUAUCUCUGCGCAUAGAUCCCCAAAAAGGUGAGUGCGCAUUAAAAUCGCCCAUCAAAAUAAUUGGUCUUGGAAGCUCUGAUAGAAGCCUGUACAACUGA